GCGGGCACCAAGCUGGUCCCUCUUCUUCCGGCGCAAGAGCCCUGGGAGUUGAGUUGAGGGUCUUUUGCCAGGUGGGUGGAGGCGGGAGCACAGUCUCCCCGCCCUCCUACCUCGGCCCUGCCCUCCAUCCUCCCCUCCACCUAGGUUUGGCAGCUGGGUUAUGGGAGACGACGUCCAGGCAGGGGUCUCGGCCCCAGCCGUGGAUGAAGGUGGUUCCCGCAUCCGCCGGCGGGUGUCUAUUCGCAAAAGGAACCGUCCUAGCUUAGAGGGCAUUUUUGCCGCCCCCACCGCGGCUGCGCUCAGUUCUGGAGAUGAGGAGGAAGAGGAGGAAAUGGCUGAGAGCCGGCGGCGGAAAACCGUAAACGUGCAGCCGGUCGAGCAUAAUGACAGUGAAGAGGACAUGUUUGGUGACUAUGAUAGUUUUGCUGAAAACUCCUUUUUAGCUCAAGUUGAUGACCUGGAACAAAAAUAUAUGCAACUUCCUGAACAUGGGAAACAUAGUACAGACUUUGCCACUGAAGAUCUUUGUUCAAAAAGCAUUAAAAACAAUCUCAGCAUGACUACUGUAGGUGACUUUAUUGAAUUGAAAACUGAUGAGCACACAGAGAACCAGAGUGGGCAUGAAGAUGUCACUGUGGCACAGGAAGCUGAUCUUUUGUAUGAUGUACCUUCUUCACAAGUUUUAUACUUUGAAAAUUUGCAGAACUCAUUAAACUCCUUCGGAGAUCAGUCUGCUAAAGAAAGGGAUCAGAACUCAACCUCUCAUAAGACUGUAAAUGAGGAAUUGCCCUAUCAUCGCAUAGAACAACCCCAGGAAAAUGAUGAAUUAUCUUCUGAAGCCAAAAUUAGCUCAGAUAAGAAUAGGAGAAAAAGUGUUAAAGAUCAUCUAAAAAGUGCCAUGACUGGGAAUGCCAAGGCACAAACACCAGUCUUUUCUAGGAGUAAACAGCUCAAAGAAAAUCUCCUAUCUGAAGAAAUUAAUGUUGCUAAGAAGACAAUUGAGUCGUCAUCAGAUGAUCGUGGUCCUUUUUAUUCAUUACCCAGCAAAGUGAGAGACCUUUAUGUUCAGUUCAAGGGAAUUGAAAAAUUAUAUGAAUGGCAACAUACUUGCUUAACAUUGAAUUCUGUGCAAGAAAGAAAAAAUUUAAUAUAUUCCUUGCCAACAAGUGGUGGAAAAACCCUCGUGGCUGAAAUCUUAAUGCUACAAGAGCUGCUUUGCCGACGGAAAGAUGUUUUAAUGAUCCUUCCAUAUGUGGCAAUUGUCCAAGAAAAGAUUUCAGGUUUGUCAAAUUUUGGUAUAGAACUUGGUUUCUUUGUUGAAGAAUAUGCUGGAAGCAAAGGAAGAUUUCCUCCAAUUAAAAGAAGGGAAAAGAAAUCACUAUAUAUCGCCACUAUUGAAAAAGGACAUAGCCUGGUGAACUCCUUGAUUGAAAAUGAAAGGAUUAGCAGCCUGGGUCUGGUUGUAGUAGAUGAGUUGCACAUGAUUGGUGAAGGAAGCCGCGGGGCUAUACUGGAAAUGACGCUAGCAAAGGUCCUCUACACUAGCAAGACAACUCAAAUUAUUGGGAUGAGUGCAACAUUAAACAAUGUCGAAGACCUCCAAGAGUUCCUUCAAGCGGAGUAUUACACCAGUCAGUUUAGACCAGUUGAAUUAAAAGAAUAUCUGAAAAUCAAUGAUACAAUAUAUGAGGUUGACAGCAAAGCUGAGAAUGGGAUGACUUUUUCACGUCUCCUUGAUUAUAAGUAUUCUGACGCCCUGAAAAAGAUGGAUCCCGAUCACUUGGUAGCAUUGGUGACAGAAGUUAUUCCCAAUUAUUCCUGCUUAGUUUUCUGUCCCAGUAAAAAGAACUGUGAAAACGUAGCAGAAAUGAUAUGCAAAUUUUUAAGCAAGGAAUACCUAAAACAGAGAGAGAAAGAAAAACAGGAGCUGAUUAAGAACCUGAAGCACAUUGGCAAUGGCCACCUCUGCCCUGUUUUAAAGCGCACUGUCCCGUUUGGAGUUGCCUAUCACCACAGUGGCUUGACGAGUGAUGAAAGGAAGCUCUUAGAGGAGGCUUACUCCACUGGAGUUCUCUGUCUUUUUACCUGCACGUCUACCCUAGCCGCAGGUGUCAACCUCCCUGCUCGAAGAGUUAUUUUAAGGGCCCCCUAUGUUGCCAAGGAAUUUUUAAAGAGGAAUCAAUAUAAACAGAUGAUCGGCAGAGCUGGCCGUGCUGGAAUAGAUACUGUCGGGGAGAGUAUCCUUAUAUUACAAGAGAAGGACAGACAGCAGGUAUCGGCAUUAAUAAGCAGACCAUUGGAAAACUGUUACAGCCAACUUAUUCAGGAAUUCACCAAGGGAAUCCACACUUUGUUUCUCUCUUUAAUUGGCUUGAAGAUUGCAACAAAUCUCGGUGACAUAUUUCACUUUAUGAACGGCACAUUUUUUGGUGUUCAGCAAAAGAUUUUAUUAAAAGAAAAAAGUCUCUGGGAAGUAACUGUUGAAUCACUUAGAUACCUGACAGAGAAAGGACUCCUUCAAAAAGACAUCAAUGACAAGUCCGAGGAAGAGUUUCAGUGUGCCUUUCGUAUUACAAAGUUGGGACGAGCUUCUUUUAAGGGAACUAUAGACUUAGCUUAUUGUGACACUCUCUACAAAGACUUGAAGAAAGGUCUCGAAGGACUUGUGCUGGAAAAUCUUCUUCAUCUGGUCUAUCUAACAACGCCCUAUGAUCUGGUUUCUCAGUGUGUCCCUGACUGGAUGAUAUACUUCAGGCAGUUGAGCCAGCUCAGUCCAGCAGAACAGAACGUAGCUACUCUGCUCGGAGUCUCUGAAAGCUUUAUUGGGAGGAAGGUAUCAGGCCAAGCCAUCAGGAAGAAGGUGGAUAAGGACAUUGUCAACAGACUAUACCUGUCAUUUGUUCUUUAUACCUUACUCAAAGAGACCAAUGUUUGGAGUGUGUCUGAAAAAUUUAAUAUGCCUCGAGGAUAUAUACAGAACCUCCUCACUGGAGCAGCCUCAUUCUCAUCUUGUGUGCUGCAUUUCUGUGAGGAGCUUGAGGAGUUCUGGGUUUAUAGAGCCCUGUUGGUCGAACUUACCAAGAAGCUGACUUACUGUGUGAAGGCAGAGCUCAUCCCUCUGAUGGAAGUGACUGGAGUUUUAGAGGGUCGAGCAAAGCAGUUAUACAGUGCCGGUUACAAAAGCCUAACACACUUAGCUAAUGCCAGUCCCGAAGUGCUGAUAAGGACAAUUGAUCAUUUAUCAAGACGUCAGGCCAAGCAGAUUGUUUCAUCAGCGAAGAUGCUCUUGCAGGAAAAAGCAGAGGCUCUGCAGGAAGAAGUAGAUGAAUUACUGAGACUGCCUUCUGAUUUCCCUGGUGUCGCGGCCUCUUCCCUUGAAAAGGCGUGAAGCAACAUGAUGAGCAUUUUCCAGUAUGAAUUAUUUAUUAUACAUAUGUUUUAUUAAAGAGUCCCUAUAUUUUAUAAAUGAAAAAAAUACAUUUUAACUAUACAUUAAGGACUGUGACUGAUGUUUGACUGUACCUCUCCCCCAUAACUGUAGUAACUGCCCUCUAAGGCUCCCUCUUCCAUACUUCCACAUUAUUUCUCUGCUCAGAAUCUGUAGUACCCACCACACAAGGAAACCCAACUCUCUCAAAUAUCCUCAACCUACCUUUGUACCAAGAUCUUUUAUUAUUCUCUUACCCAUUUCUUUCAUCAAGCCGGACUUCUUAGAAUCUCCAGAAAUUUCCCAGUAAUUUGCAGACCUUACCACCAUUCACUGUACAAAGUAGGAACCCCAGUGAAUAAAGAAUACUACCGAAACUAACAAUUUGAA